GCCUGUGGAAUCAGGAUCUCUGUAUCUGAACCAUGGCUCCCCACAUUACAAUGAGUGACUCUCUUCAGAGCUUCCAGACCAAACCAGACAAGAAGAACAGAGAUUCCAGUGAGAUGAGAAAGACUCUAAAACCUCUCAUGGAGAAACGGAGGAGAGCUAGAAUUAACGAAAGUCUCAACCAACUGAAAACUCUGAUCCUGCCUUUAAUUGGAAAAGAUAAUUCCAAAUACUCCAAACUGGAGAAGGCUGAUAUAUUGGAAAUGACUGUGAGAUUUCUGAAGGAUAUCCACCCAGCACAGGCACAAAAAUCUGCAGAACGAUACAAAGAAGGAUACAGAGCCUGCAUAGAUCGCCUAGGCGAUAUCCUUAGUAAAUCCAGCGUAUUGAAUGCAGAGACCAGCAGCCGUCUUUUGGAUCACCUACAAAGGAGUCCAGAUUUGUGCUGCAGAGACUGUAAUAAGUCGCCCAGUCCCAAGCACAGCAGCCCCAGAAUCGUGUUACAUCUCAGUCCCAGGACAGCUGAGCUCUACCCCCCAUCCCUUCUUCACCAGCCACCAAACCAGAGACAGGUCCAGAUCCCGAUCCCACCUCAACCCACCAGCGACAACAUCUGGAGACCCUGGUGAUCAGUUAUCAGAAUGGACUUAUUAUCCCCACCCCCCCAGCACCCUGACUGUUACUAUGUAGCCAGAGAUUGACAUUAAUGCACAGCGCUCCUUGUCUACCAAGCAUGUUUUAUAAAUAUGUUACAUUGUAUCUUAUAGGUAGGGUGAACAGCACCUAAACAGUUAAAUCAAAGUAUUCAUUGUCGCCAAUGAGCCCAGGAACAAUAGAGCAAUUAAUAGCCAUUACAAGCAAUCCAACGUGCAUUUCCUGAACUAUGUCUUUAAUGUUAACUAUUUCGGUGCUGGGGCGAUGAUCCCAUUUGGAUUUUACGUGUUCAGUGGGAUUUUUAAGCAAUAUAUUGCGACCAAUGUGUUAAUCCUGAUAGGGGUUAAAUAAUCUAGGGUAAAAUAUGUGAACCCUGCUAAACCCAAAGGGUUUUUAGACAGUAUGCGAAUUGCAUUAAUUAAUUUAACCUUCUAGUUGCCGAAUCUGCAGCAAUUAAUUGAUACUUUACCUCACAGUUCUAGGAACAAAAGGGGUUAAAGGACAGGGCUAUGUGCAAUAUAUUUUCCCUUUUCUUUAUUUUCUGUAUAUAUUCUGUUUUUGUUUUCGCGGGCACAUUUUGUGAAU